CAAACCUUUAACUUUAACCAUAUAUUUAAAAUGGUCUAAAUCCCUUAGCUAUAACCACGAACCUUAUAUUACUUGUCAAAAAAGAAAAAAAAAAAAACGAACGCUAUGUUACAUACUCCUAUGUAAUUUGCUUUUUACACUCGCAAUCCAUUUUUCAGAUUUUAAAAAUGGACCAAAAACCACCGUAUCCGGCGUUGGAAACGACGGCGCCACCGUCCUCCGACGAAGCAAAACCUUCACUCUUCCCUGUCUUCCCCGUAACAAACUCUUCUCUUCAAAUCACCACUUCUUCACUUCCUCAAUGGCUCAGUAACUCUAGCUUCACCACCGACAUCUCCGUCAUCAACAACGACGUCGCUUCUUUACUCAACCGCGAAACCGUUCAAUCGCCGCCGCAAGAUGACGAUGAAAACAGCGAUGAAAAUCGACCUAAGGAGAAGUCCUAUGCGAUUCUGGAAUCUUCGGAAUCUGAUGGAGAUGGAAUGGAGAGAGAGAAGAAGAGGAAGAAGAAGAAGCGGAAGCGUGAUAGGUCUGAUGAGAAAAGUGGAUUUGGUUCGAGGAAAUCGCGUGUUCGGGCCUGGGCUGAUUCUGAGGCUAAUACAGUUAAAGAUUAUUUCAUUGAUUCUCAUGGUGAUCGUGAUAAUCUUGCGUUUGGGUGUAUCUAUAGAAUGGAUAUUGCCCGGCACAAACCAUAUAAUCCCUUGAACAUGUCUGGGCGACAUGUUAAAGGUUUGUAUUGGUGGAAUCAAAGUGGUUCACUUGGGGAAAGAGAUGGCGAUAUUGAUGCUUUGGAUGAUAAAAUGAAGUCUGCUGGGCGAUACUGGUCCGGAAAGUAUAUGGCUUUAGAACGACAUAAAAGCUUCAAGCGCCUACGUCUUGUUGCUCCAAAAUUGUCACCUCAUACAACACAAGAUGAGUUUAUACCUUUAUCAGAUGUUGGUACAUCUCAAGGAGCUGUUGACAGUGAAUCUGACUCUAAAAUUUCAUCAUCACUUGAAGAAUCUUGGGAAGAUGAAAUGUUAAAUAAAACCAGGGAGUUCAACAAACUGACAAGGGAGAACCCGCAUGAUGAAAUAGUUUGGUUACAUUUUGCCGAGUUCCAAGAUAAGGUUGCAGGAAUGCAACGACAGAAAGGUGCUCGCUUGCAAAUACUUGAAAAGAAAAUUAGCAUUCUGGAGAAGGCAGUUGAGCUUAACCCAGAGAAUGAAAACCUAUUACUUUGCCUAUUAAAAGCUUAUCAAACAAGAGAUAGCUCAGAUGUGCUAAUUGGGAGAUGGGAGAAAAUACUCUUGCAACAUUCUGGAAGUUACAAGUUAUGGAGUGAAUUCUUGCAUGUUGUUCAGAGGAAUUUCUCCAAGUUCAAGGUUUCCAUGGUUAGGAAGAUGUAUGCCUAUGCUAUUGAAGCUUUGUCUGCUUCAGGCAGCAAGCACUCUAGGCAGCAGGCUCUUCAAGCUGAUGAUUCUUCACUGGAUCCUGCAAUUGUUCAGCAAGAACUUCGUCUUGUAGAUAUAUUUCUCAGUCUUUGCAGAUUUGAGUGGCAGGCUGGUUAUAGAGAAGUUGCCACUGCUUUAUUUCAGGCUGAAAUUGAGUUUAGUUUAUUUUGUCCUCCUUUGCUACUAACAGAGCAGAGUAAGCAACGACUGUUUGAGCAUUUUUGGAAUAGUCAUGGUGCUAGAGUCGGAGAAGAAGGGGCUCUCGGUUGGUCGACAUGGUUGGAGAAAGAGGAGGAAACUAGGCAACGAGUCGUCAAAGAGGAGCUCUCACAUGAAAAUGAAGGCGGAGGUUGGUCUGGUUGGUCAGAACCUUUGUCUAAAGAUAAGGAGGGUACCGCCAAUUUUGAAAAUGAAACUGACAAUGAUUUGGUUAUGGAGGAUAACCAAGAUGAGGAUGAAUAUAAAGAUGUUGAGCCCGAAGAUGAUACUGAGAACUUGCUAAAGCUGCUGGGAAUUGAUAUUAAUGCUGGGGAUGGGGGAGAAGUUAAUGACACUUUGACCUGGAUCAAAUGGUCAGAAGAAGAGUCUUCUAGAGAUUGUGAUCAGUGGAUGCCUAUUCGAAGGAAGUUAGAUACAACCACUUCUACUAGUGAAGCACUCGAAACAGAAGAGGAUGAGCAACUCUCGAGAAUCAUAUUGUAUGAAGAUGUAAGCGAAUACCUUUUUACCCUGAACACAAAAGAGGCUCGACUAUAUUUGGUGUCCCAAUUCAUUGACUUCUAUGGUGGGAAGACAUCUCAAUUGUUUUCAACAAACAGUCCAACUUGGACAGAGAACACACUUAGCUUGGAGGAUCUGCCAGAUUCUAUGUUAGAGAAGUUGAAAUGCAUCCAUAACGUUUUGACAAAAGCACAGAGCAUUCCUACUAGUUUCACUUUAGAUUUUCUAUUAGGAAGUUCCAUGAGGAAUGCUGAUAUGAUGAAAUUCGUACGGAAUGCAGUCUUACUUUGCUUAACUGUUUUUCCACGUAAUCACGUUUUGGAAGAAGCAGUUCUUAUUUGUGAAGAGCUUUUUGUUACUAAAAUGAACUCUUCUAACCGUGGGGUUACGCCAUGUCGAGCUUUGGCAAAGUCUCUCUUAAAAAGUGAUAGACAGGAUGUUUUGUUGUGUGGUGUAUAUGCACGAAGAGAGGCUGAUUAUGGCAACAUUGAUCUUGCAAGAAAGGUGUUUGACAUGGCAUUGUUAUCCGUGGAAGGGCUUCCUCCCGAGGAGAUUCAGUCCAAUGCACCUCUUCUACAUUUAUGGUAUGCUGAAGUGGAGCUUGCAAAUAACACCAACGGUGGUCGUGAAUCUUCAUAUCGUGCGAUACAUAUAUUGUCUUGCUUAGGAAAUGGUACAAAAUACACCCCAUUUAAAAGUCAAGCAUCAAGUUUGCAACUGCUUAGAGCACGUCAAGGGUUUAAAGAAAAAUUGAGAACUGUAUUAUCAUCUUGGUUUCGUGGUAUAAUAAAUGACCAAUCUGUCGCUCUGGUAUGUUCUGCUUCAUUGUUUGAGGAGCUAACUUCUGGAUGUGAUGCGGGCAUUGAAGUUUUGGAUCAAGCUUUUACUAUGGUGCUUCCAGAAAGGAGAAGCCAUAGCUAUCAACUUGAAUUUUUGUUUAACUAUUACAUAAGGAUGCUUCAGAGGCAUCAGAAGCAAUCAGGUCUGAUGAAAGUUUGGGAAUCCGUUUCUCAGGGCCUCCAGCUAUAUCCCUACAGUCCAGAACUUUUAAAAGGUGUAGUGGAAGUUGGCCACUUCCACACAACGUCUAAUAAAUUGCGGCGGAUCCUAGAUGAACGCUGUUACAAAAAACCAUCUGUAGUUGUCUGGCUUUUUGCAUUGUCAUACGAGAUGUCUAGAGGUGGCUCAAUCCACAGAAUCCGUGGAUUGUUUGAAAGGGCAGUGAGUAAUGAUAUGCUUUGCAGCUCAGUUGUACUGUGGCGUUGCUACAUUGGGUAUGAGUUGAACAUUGCACAUGAUCCUUCUGCAGCUCGACGUAUAUUCUUUCGUGCUAUCCAUGCUUGCCCCUGGUCAAAACGGCUAUGGUUGGAUGGAUUUCUCAAACUAAACUCCAUCCUUACUGGAAAAGAGCUUUCUGAUCUACAAGAAGUAAUGCGUGAUAAAGAACUAAAUCUAAGAACUGACAUUUAUGAGAUCCUUUUGCAAGAGUCAUGACCUUUGUUCUCUAGAAUCCGACUUAUUGAGCUGCCCUUGGGCUGAUAUGAUGCAAACUGAUGUAAGAUUCUAUCCAAGAUGUUUAUGUAGUCUUCAAAUUUUGUUUGCAUAAGUUUACAACCAUGCUCCAGUAAUUUUUUAUAUUUUUUUUACAACCAUGCUUAUAACUUGUAAAAUCAAUACCAUUGUAGAAAUACUUGUAAAUUCAGGAUGUCAUCCUUGGAUAGUGUAUUUGAAUGUCUACGCUCUUGUAAAUAUAUACUGAAGUGGAAAGAAAAAGCAAAUAUCUGGAAGUUGAUAUUGCAAACUUUUGUUGUUCAA